AUUAAAACAAGCGAGCGAGCCUGGUCUUCAGGAGUAGGUUAUGUUGAAACGACGUAGAAAAGGUGGAGAACGACUGUGGAAGGAGUAAACACUUUCUCUCCGUGUACCUUGAGGGGAAUGCUGUGCAUUUUGUACUGCUAUUCAUAAACGGGACUUUCGACUUUAGUUUUUCCAUUUCGAUUGGAUUUUAUCUUCGUCAUUUUUGAUACAGACUACUUUUGGAGACUUUCAUGAUCGUUUGUGGACUUACAGUGUCAGUUACUUGCUUUAAUGUCUUAGCCAUCAAAGGGGACGUGUAAGUAGAGCAAAACAUACCUGUUUAUUAACUUGCAACCAUGUCUAUGCUUCCAACUUUUGGCUUUACGCAAGAGCAAGUUGCUUGCGUCUGCGAGGUCCUCCAACAGGGUGGAAACAUUGAACGGCUCGGGCGCUUUUUGUGGUCUUUACCCGCGUGUGAGCAUCUCCACAAAAAUGAAAGUGUUCUCAAAGCUAAAGCUGUGGUCGCAUUCCACAGAGGAAAUUUCAGAGAGCUUUAUAAGAUCCUUGAGAGCCACCAAUUUUCCCCUCACAACCAUCCGAAGCUGCAGCAGCUGUGGCUCAAAGCGCACUACGUCGAGGCGGAGAAGCUCCGAGGCCGCCCUCUCGGGGCUGUGGGAAAGUACCGCGUCCGCAGAAAGUUCCCCCUGCCUCGGUCAAUCUGGGACGGCGAGGAGACAAGUUACUGUUUCAAAGAGAAGAGCCGGAGCGUACUCAGAGAAUGGUACACGCAUAACCCCUACCCUUCCCCGCGAGAGAAGAGGGAGCUCGCCGAAGGCACCGGGUUGACAACCACACAAGUCAGUAACUGGUUCAAAAACAGACGGCAAAGAGACCGCGCCGCAGAAGCUAAGGAAAGGUACGAGUAAGUGAAUGUUUACUCCUUGUCUUAUUGCUUUUUAAAUUAAAGGUUUAUGUGUGCGUAAAAGUCUUGACGCUGACUUUAACUUGGAUUUUUGUUAGGAAAUACUGACUUAUAAAUGCUAACCUCUCAUUUCAAAUCAGGGUAUGGUAAAUUACAUCAUAAUUUAUUGUAAGCUAUCAUUGAUAAUAAUUCUAACUUUGACAAACAAAAGCAAACUAAUAUCAUGCUAUUAUUUUGCCAUUUAAACUACCCAUAAUCAACGGAUGCUAAAUAUUAACUCUGGCUUCAUUAUCACAUCUGAAAGUAUGUAAAUAUAGGCCUGGCUAUAGGUCAUAUAUUUUGUUUUCAAGUUCCUUGAAUGUCAAGACGUUUUUAUUCUGCUAGAGGGUGGUAGUUGUUUUGCUAUUGCUUAAUGAGCUGUUUGUAGGCCUACAUUUCAAAGUUUCGAAAUUAUAUUGUACAGAAGAGCAUUAAUAUGCAUUUAGUCAGGUGUUCACUCGGAGGGUAUCUUCUUUCUCCCGCUGGCGACUAAUUCAAACUGAACCCACUGCGUAAAUCAUUUCUUUCCACUUUGAAACCAUGAGUCAUUGCGAUUCAGACUGUAAAUGUAUGCCUAAUACACGUUUAGCAAUAAUUAGGCCUGUCAUUUGCGCCUGCCAGCUUUUCUGUACACAGUUAAAGUUUGCCAUUAUGCCUUCAUACCCAUAGGCCCAAACUAAUAGCCUAGACCAGUUUAGAUAUAGUUCAAAUGGCUCAGCAUAUUUUCUUUCUAACAUUGACUUGGUGAAAUACAGUAGUGAGAAAUUCGUCUAUUCGUCCUCAUUAAGGGUAUUGUAGCCUACGCCGUGAUUGAUCAAAUGUGUUUAGAUCGGCAAAAUCCACUGCAGAUUUCUAAUAAUAAUCUAAUUAUAUAACAACAGUAAAGGUAUUAAUACAAAUCUCACACACAUUGCAUUUCUGUUUAGGGGUGUGUCGUCUGCGUCUGUGUGAAUUCCAAAAGAAGUUUCAUGCACACUCCACCAAAUGCAUAGGUAUAAAUAACCGUGUAUAUAUUUCCUGAACAUAGAUUCUCCAGUUUUUAUUAUGCGGGCAAACAAGAUCUGCACAAUGAAACUAGAUAAUGCAUGAAAAUCUUACAUUGAUACUAGUUUCAAAUAGGCCUUGACUCAUGAAUUUCACACAUUGUUGUUUAACUUGCAUAGCCUAGCUAUAUGAGAACUUCUUAUUAAAAAUACUGCAUAGGCCAGUGACGGCGACGACAUAUCCCACACUGCUUAUUUACCAGUUCCUUUUAGUCAAUAAGCCUGAAACUUGUAUAUUAAAACCUGUACUAAAUUGUUCAUCUAAACAUAGCUCGGGAUAAUUAUGAUAAGACUAUGUGUUGUUUGCAAGCGAAUGCAUGUUUGUAUAGGCUACCUGACAAUAUAGGCUAAUAUAGACUUUGUAGGCUACAUUACUAUUUACCAUAUUAUCAUCUUUCCUUUCCACAGGGAAAACAAUGAAAACUCCAACACCAACAGCCACAACCCAUUGACUUCUUCCAUGAAUGGAAAUAAAACACUUUUGGGGAGCUCAGACGACGACAAAACGCCUUCAGGGACUCCGGAUAACACCUCGUCGACUCCGGCUAUGCUCCUCGCUUCAAACUCGGGGCUGCAGAUGCACGGCCUAGCGCCUCCGCCCGGGCCUAGCGCCAUGCCAGUGUCCAGCCAUGACUCUGUGCACCAUCAUCACUCUUUGCACGACACUAUACUGAACCCUAUGUCGUCCAACCUGGUCGACCUCGGCUCUUAAACACGAGACCCUGAUUGGAAAGGGACUUUCUGAGUGUACAUGGAUGUUUGAGAAAAGCUUCAGACACUUGAGGCGAGGUGCAAAGGCGAAAGGACAGAGUCAGGAAAAUGUGGCUCACACGGUGAGGUGAGAUGGUAGGCGUUUAGCUGAAAGGUAUUUUACCGGAAUGUAAUAACAUGUUAUAUUGUUGAAAACAAUAACAAUAAAAUGUCUUAAUUCUUGUUACUAUUAUCGUUAUUAUUUUAGGGGACAGAUAUCAACAGAUGCGUAAACUUCAAGUCAGGUACCAAAUUACCUUUCGUUUACACAUAGGUUUUCCAAGAGAGCCAUAUUCAGUUUUCUUUUGUUUUGGGGUAUCAUCGCUUAAGUGUUUUACUAUCAUGAGAGCCGUAUGUGAACGAUUAAAGAUUAUAAUAUCUUAUUAUUUGUAUUUUCAUUUGGAAAUCGACUGCAUGUUAAUAACUAUGCGAUUAAUAAUAAAACAUAAACAAAUUGAUCCCACUAUAGUUUCAUAUACCCUUUACAAUAAAAAAUAAGAAAUGCAUUCAUUAAAAGGAGAACUUGUUUGAUUUAUAAUAUUUCAUAUUUUUAUUUGAAAAAUGGCAAUUCAUUUUUGUGUGGAGUUUGUUUUUGCAUAUCAUAGUUGUCCAUUAAGAUAUAGUUCAUAUGAUGGAAAACACCACUUGUGAUUUUUUUUGCAAAAUGCUUUAGAACCACACUCACAUUUUAAACUAUAUUGUUGACCAUAAUGUCAACUGGUGCGUAAAGUAGCAUAGGAGGAGCAUGAUUUUCGUUGAUUCAUUAUUUUGGAAAGGCGACAGAAUGUCUAACCUGAAAAUACAUCUGUGUUAUGUCUCCGAGUUAUGAUUCCGAUUUCGAUAGUAUCGUGUUGCAACAUUGGGCUAUCAAGUAGGCUAAGGUAGCCAAUAAACCGGAUGCAAAGGCAGCGCGAUAUGAGACCUGUGUUUUCUUGUUUUCUUACUGUAGGCCAAGACCUGGGUAUAUAUAAUUUCUCCAAAUGUAAUGUGACCAGACAAUAUUUCAAAGUAGCCUACAAAGUCUUUAAAAACGUAAAAUAUUAUUUUAUUAUAACCUAUAUGUUUAUUCCGUUUUGCUUGUCUUGUUAUUUUCGUGUUUGAAGAUAUAUUAGGAAGGUGUAUGGCGCGUAUAGAUCCAAAACCCCAGUGCCUAUGUGUAUUAGACUUUUACAGAGGUUUGCUGUAGGCCUAUAGGCUAGGCCUACUGCUGUGCUGUGAUUCCGUGAUAUAUUACCCCCUCCCCCCCUUCCAAUAUAGGCUAAAGAUGAUGAAAGCUCUAUUGAAAUCUAUCAUAACUGCAAAACAAGUGCAGCACUUUUGCAACAUGGUGAAAUGGGACAUUGUCCAUUGUGUGUGUUAACUGCAUGCAUGGACUGCAGUGUGGUGUAGAUACCCACUGGGCACAGACCUCAAUUCAACGUCUAUUCCACGU